AUGAAACCCCGUGAGACAACUCCUGGCUUUGUUGGAGUUGCCGGGGCUCCUUCAUCUGUGAAAUCUACGACGACUGUGCCAAAAAAGGAUUAUUUUCAUGUGCAAGCUAAUAUUCAAAACGAGUUUGGCGUUUGCGGAUGGAUUCUCACAAUUCUCUCAUAUCUUCUCAUUUUCUUUACUCUUCCGAUUUCGGCAUGCAUGUGCAUCAAGGUUGUCCAGGAAUAUGAGAGGGCUGUAAUUUUCCGACUUGGUAGAUUGAUGCCCGGAGGUGCCAAAGGCCCUGGAAUUUUUUUCAUUGUUCCUUGCAUUGACACAUAUCGCAAAGUUGACCUACGUGUUCUUUCCUUCGAAGUUCCGCCACAAGAGAUUCUCUCCAAAGACUCGGUGACUGUGGCAGUUGACGCUGUUGUUUAUUUCCGUAUUUCCAAUGCAACAAUAUCCGUUACCAACGUCGAAGAUGCCGCUAGAUCAACUAAAUUGUUGGCUCAAACCACAUUGAGAAAUAUUUUGGGUACCAAGACUCUUGCCGAGAUGCUCUCCGAUCGCGAAGCUAUUUCGCACCAAAUGCAGACCACUCUUGAUGAAGCCACCGAACCUUGGGGAGUCAAAGUAGAGCGUGUCGAAGUUAAGGAUGUCCGUCUUCCUGUUCAAUUGCAACGUGCUAUGGCUGCUGAAGCCGAAGCAGCAAGAGAAGCCCGUGCAAAGGUCAUUGUUGCUGAAGGAGAACAAAAAGCUUCACGAGCUUUGAAAGAAGCCGCUGAGGUAAUUGCUGAAAGCCCAUCUGCUUUGCAACUUCGCUACCUUCAAACACUCAACAGCAUAUCAGCUGAGAAGAACUCAACAAUCAUUUUCCCAUUUCCAAUAGAUCUUUUGAGCGCUUUCCUUCAACGUCAGCCGCCGAAAGUAGAGGAACCACCUCAACUACCUAAAAAAAUCCGAUCAUGUUGUCUGUACAAAUAUCCUGAUUGGGUUCAAGGAAUGGUGGGAAGCAGUGAUGGUCAUGGGCAUUCUCAUGGCGGCGGAGGUGGACUGUCUCAGGGAGCGUCUUCUCAAUCUCACAGUCAAGCAAAUUUCGGCCCGAACACCACAACCACCAGUGGCCGUCCGCUGCUCCGCAGCAUGCGAGAAGCACAGUUUCACUCCGGAGCACAGCCGCCGAUCUCAGUACCAACAAAUCAAUACCCAACAUCAGUGAAUCAGUUGGACCCAGGCACUUCUACCAUUGGAAAAAGGAAAUCCAGCAAGGUCGGGGGCGGUAAUUCGUUGUUGAAACAAGCCAUUGCCAAUCGCUUAGCAACGGAUUCCGGGCAACAAACAGCACUGUCGACAUCUUCAAACCAGCCUUCUACUUCAGCUAGUGUACCAGCAUCCGAUUCUCCAGAUAUCGCACGAAUUCACAAAACUGAUUCCAACGAGAUGACUAAAAGUGUCUUAGCAAAUCCCGCUUGGUAUCGUGACGAACAAGAUCGAACUGGUUUCAAACCAACUGAAUGGGAAAAUACUGCCAACAAGCAGAAACAUGUCGUCAAAGAAGACAAAUUGAAAAUGAAGCGAACAUCCAAAGAUGAGCAUAGUAUCAUCAAGGAACUUGACAGUGAUCUACUAAGUGAAGCCAAUAGUGAAGUCACUAGUGACGUGAAAUCAAUUGAAUCCACCGGAUCCGAUCAGAAGCUGGACAAAAAAUCUCAGAAAGCAAAGGAAAAGGAAAUGAAGAAAAAAGAGAAGGAAGCGAAGAAGGAAGAAAAAAUUCAAAAGAAACUCAAGGAAGAAGAACAAAAGAAUAAACUAAAAAUCGAUAAAGAAGAGAAAAAGAAAAAGAAAAGUAUAUCUGAUGAGAUUCCGAUUCAAAACAGAUCAGCUGAGGUCAAAAAACCUGAAUCGCGUAUUGAAAAAGCUGAAGCUACUAUAAUAGUUUCUUUGAAAUCAGAGACAAGAAAAAAGAAUAACGAAGAACAACCAAAAGCGAACACGAAACCCAAUGUUGAAGAUAAGGCAAAAGUCACGGCUGAACCCUCGAAGAAAGGAAUGCGAAGAUUGGAGGCGCCGCACAGGCAGAAUAUUGGAGAAAGGCGAGACUCAAACCAAUCAGUUGUUUCACGCAACUCAUUUAAAUCAGUCACGUUUAAUGAUCAAGUUGAAACUCGCGAAAUCGAAAGGAACGAUAGUGUUUCUUCGAGUGAAGAUGACGUGGCAAUAAUGAGUGACGAUGAGCUAUCCACUUUGAAUCCACUGCGGCGAUAUCGAAGUGUUCAAAUAAUGAAAGAUCAAAAGAGGCAGAAGGUCGUAAAUCAACCAGAAUAUGAUUAUGAUGAUGAGCUGGAUGAUUUCGAAGAGCAGGAAAGACUGGCACUUUUAGCUGCACAAAGCGGUUACCAACCAGGAUACGACGAAGACGACGAAGACGACGAAAAUAGUGAUACUUCCCAGAAUAGUUACUAUGCGGAAGACGUUGAGGGACCGGACAUAUAUUUGCGGAAUGAAGGUGAAUUUCUAGCGAUGCAAUUGGCCCAUAACCAACAACAACAGGUGGAAACCGGCUAUGAUCAAUAUGAUCAAACUAUAAUGGGAUCUAUGAGCAAACUUCAUGGCGAUGAUUCGUCACACAGCUUACUUAUGGGCUACCCCCUUCUUCCCCGAUCGGCUAGUGGAUAUUUUGAGCCCCCGCCAGGAAUGAUGAACAGUUCUUAUGAGCAAGCAAUGAGAGGUUAUAUGGAAGUCUCCGACGUUCCUGGAGUACAUAAACCCGCAAGUCCACCUCGGCAAUUGAGACCAACAAUUACCCAGACAAGUGUCUACGAAAAUGUUGGAGAUCCUCCAUCACAACCGCAAUCUUUGAUUUUACCGCCGUCCCCUUCAAUUCGAAAUCAGGAACUUCGGCAACAGUUCUUCAAUUCAACAACUCAAACUCCUUCGAAUAUAUUGUCAAAAACGGUUGCAGCCGCUUCAAGUGACGCGAAUUCGUCGAGUGGAUCUGAAGUCACUCUGCGUCCAGUUGAAGAUGAAAUGAAAAAGAAAUUUGUGGCGCGUUUUGGCGCUAGAAAAGCUCCUAUAGCUCCACGCGAAGAAGACCCGGCUGAUCCAGUGCAUGUUAUGGGCAGUCAAGAAAGUAUGAAUUCAACAGACUCGCGAGAAUCUGUUAUUUCCGCCACUUCGAUUAAAGCUGAAAUGCUCGCCAGAAGAAAUUUCAACUAUUGA